CUCCCUAUCUAAAAACCCAACCCCACCCCCCACAUAGGCAGCCCCUCUUUCUCACUCACAAUUGAUUUCUAGGCUUGACUAAAUGGAACACUAUGUACAACUACAACUACAUUACUAUGUAAUCCAAGAAACACCCUGAAAACAGAACCCCUGAAUUCAAUGGCUCUGAUGAUAUCACCACCUCUCACUGCCAAACCAUACUCCGUCUCACAACCGCCCCGCGCCACCGUGCAAACCACCGUUUACCUUCCCCGUAUAUACUUUCACCGAAGCUUUCAUCACUCUGUAAAGAAAGGCAAUUUAGUCCACACCAUCCUAUGUUCUGGUAACAGGGCAUUGCCAGUGGCCAGUGCAACGCCGCUAGCGGCCGCGGAGACUGUGCCCGAGUCGAAUUUCGGGCGGAUUGCGCUGUCGGAUGUGGUGGUGAAGCGGAGGAGGAAUGUGUACUGGGGUCGGAAAUGGAAUUCGAGAGACGUCGGCACGGCAAGUGUCGUGGUUUUGAUGCAUUUGCUCUGUUUUUUGGCGCCGUUUAAUUUCAAUUGGGGUGCUUUUUGGGUUGCUGUGGGGCUGUAUGUGGCGACUGGGCUUCUGGGUAUUACUCUGUCGUUUCAUAGGAAUCUUUCUCACAGAAGUUUUAAGCUUCCCAAAUGGCUCGAGUACUUUUGUGCAUAUUGUGGUGCUCAAGCGCUUCAGGGGAAUCCAAUUGAUUGGGUGAGCACACAUAGAUACCACCACCAGUUUUGUGAUUCUGAAAGAGACCCACAUAGCCCAGUUGAAGGGUUUUGGUUUAGUCACAUGAGUUGGCUCUUUGAUACCAGCACUAUCAUUGAAAGGUGUGGAAACCCCAACAAUGUGGGGGAUUUAGAGAAGCAGCCCUUCUACAGGUUUCUGCGGACGACUUACGUUGUACAUCCAGUUGCACUUGCACUUCUUCUCUUUGCAAUGGGAGGAUUUCCCUUCAUCGUUUGGGGAAUGGGUGUAAGGAUUGUUUGGGUGUACCACAUCACUUGGCUUGUGAACUCAGCUUGUCAUGUAUGGGGAAAGCAGGCAUGGAACACUGGUGACCUGUCCCGGAACAACUGCUGGGUCGCCUUGCUUGCAUUUGGAGAGGGUUGGCACAAUAACCACCAUGCUUUUGAGUACUCUGCUCGCCACGGGCUCGAAUGGUGGCAGAUUGAUAUGACUUGGUAUGCCGUGAGGUUCUUCCAAGCCAUCGGAUUGGCAACGGAUGUGAAAUUACCGACCGAGGCUCAGAAGGAAAGGAUGGCUUUCAGCAAUGGAAAACAUUUCCACUUGAAUUAACUUAGUUGCUUUCCGUCGUGAGCUGGUACUGUGAAUUUCGCCUCUACAGCAUCCGAAUUCCGCUGUUUCGAAUGGCUGAUGAGAACCAUGAACUUCCACAGAAUUUACCGAGUGUUGAUUCCAAAUAUAGAUGAAGUGAUCGGUUGUACAUAUUCGACACAUGCAGCGGCUUGAUUUCGUAUUUCCCUUCUACUACCUCUAGAUCCAUGAUUUUGUAACUGAGAAUGGUAUCCAUUUUUUGUUCGUUUCAAACAUAUUCCAUUGUUUCUCACGCUUCAUAGCGGCUUGAUUUCUGCAGUACUAUGUCUGCCCUGAAGAAGUUUUCUUUUUGUUUACGAAACUAUUAAGGACUAGUUUCAUAGCCAUUGUACUGUAGAGAGGGCAUGUGAUACCCUACAAAAACAAAAUCCAAACUCCAAUUUGUUAUAGACAUGACGGUCUCCAAA